ACAAGAAAAUAAAUGUUUCGAGAGGAUGAAAGAGUUGGCAUAUAUCUGUUAUGAGAUCAAGAAUCCAUUAAGUGGCAUUAGAUUUUCUAAUUCUCUUUUGGAAGCAACAAAUCUAACCGAUGAUCAAAAUCAGUUGUUGGAAACGAGUGUCGCAUGCCAGAAACAGAUGUUAAAGAUUGUGAAAGAUGUUUAUAUGGAGAAUAUUCAAGAGGGUCAUUUGGAGCUUGAAAAGCACGACUUUGUACUUGGGAGCGUAAUCGAUGCUGUGGUUAGCCAAGUAAUGUUUGCUUUGAGAGAUGGAGGUGUACAACUGAUCCGUGAUGUCCCGGAGGAAGUCGAAACUUUAUGUCUUUAUGUCAUUCUUAUUGGGUCGUUUUCUUUUUGUGAAUUUUGUGAAUAA